AUGCUACCUCAAGCAGGCUUAGGGCGUAAGAAAAUUAAGCUCCUUGAAGAUGACACAGAUGAAGAUGUGUUGAAUAAACUGACAAGUGAUGCCAAAGAUGAGUUUGGAAAUACAUCAGGCUUCCCUCAACCGCGUACAAGUGGCGGGUUUGAAAUGUUGCAGUGCUUGGCCAACAGCAAAAACAUAUCUGUCAGUGGCACUUUUUGGUCCUUUUGCGACCUUCAAUCAGCUUUGGGUGGGCAAGCAAAAAUUUAUCUGAGGCCCAUACAGAAAAAUCUCAGCACCAGGUCUGAAGAGCCUAAAAGAAGUGAGUCUUUGUUGAAGGAGAAAUGUUGCUGUUGUCAGAAACCAUUUCUUUUGAGCGAGAUGAGGGAACAUUCCUUGCAGUGCACAGGAAAUUUCGUUGGUUACAGUGACAAAGAUGUCACAGACCUCUCAGCUGUCAUGAAAGGAGGGCCUGACUCCAGAAACGAGAGCACUCAGUCUUCACUGAAGGUUCCAAUAUUUCUGUUGCAGCACAGCAGCCUGUUAAUGUACAUAGAGCAUCCA